AACCCUGAAAUUGAAAGUGUUCAGUCUGUUCAGACAACAUUUGAGACGACGAAGGAGAAGGGUGACGACUGAAGACUGAAGCAGGACUCUGUCUUCUCUGUAUACGCUGUAAUCAUGACCAGAAACCUGCUGAAGAAUCCCAGUGGGGAAGAACAACUGAAAUUCUGGGAGCUGACGAGGAACGGCGGGGAUCAUUGGAAGGUGGAGGACAUGCCGGGAGACCGUGGCAUCGGAGUAACCAAAUACUUUGUAACCUCCUUUGAUCUGUGUCUGAAGAGACAGGUGAUCGACCUGUUAGCGGAGGGUUACUCUUGCAACCAGCUGGACGCUCAGCCUGCUGUCACAGUGAAAGACUGGUACAACGGGAGAGGGGAUUGCGGUUGCACCUACCAGAUUACCGUGUGUCUGCUGGAUGGGAACCAGAAGGUCAUACAGAAGUUCAUACCGGACACGGUGACUCUGGACCCCAAAUGUAACGACCGCUUGUGGAAGCAGACCGUCCACACAUUCUCUGACUACGGCCGUGGGAUGCGUUUCAUCACCUUUGAACAUGGAGGACAAGACACCAGGUUCUGGAAGGGUUGGUAUGGAGUCCGAGUCACCGGGAGCUCUGUUACUGUCUAGGUCUUAGCGAGAGGAGAGAGGAGAAGGGAAUCAAGUAGUUAGGAACCCCUAAAGGUAAAGGAGGGAGCAGAGAACUAGAGUAAUAUCAGGGCUCCAGGGUGGAGUGUAGCUCUCCUUGUGCACCUCGCUUACACCUCUGUAAUAUCAUAAUGCUGUUCAUGCUGUGGAAACAGCUUACUUACAAAUCUGGCUCAGCAGCUUUUAUAACUUUGAAAUAUUAAAAUUACUGCUUGCAACACAGUCAUUAAUAUCUUUAUCUUUUCAUGGGAUCUCCAUUAGUUGAGGCUGAAGCCCAGCUAUUCUUCCUGGAGUCCACUUAAAUCACUUUGAACUGUUAGGCUACAUUUCAGUACAUAAUCACAUUACAAUCUUUACCACCAACGACCACAACAACAAAACAACAGCAAGAAAACAACAAUAUUCAAGACACAACCAAACACACAACACAGGACCUAGGUUCAACUUAAUACUAUUCUAGUACAACUUGAACUGUGCUAGGUCAAGUUAAUACUAUUCACAGAGUAUAGAGGUAAAUAUGAUUCAUUAUUAGCAUAUUUUAUGUCAAAAUACAAAAACAAAGCAAGCAACACAUAUAUUAACAGGACUUUAUAUUUGUCCAACAUUAAACCUUUUAUGAUUUGAUGUUAGCUAAAUAUCAGCAGACACAGAGAGCUGUUCAGGGAGAUGUUUUUUUCAAUAAUAUUUUAAAUAUAUUUUUGCUCUUUUCUUGAAUGAUACACCCAGGCAGAGUGUUCCAUGUCACCAUGACUCUGUACACUACAGUACUUUUCAACAUGUUAGUUUUCAUUUUAGGAAGUGUGAAUCUGCCUUCAGUGGCAUGCCUGGUGCUGUAAUCAUGUUCAUCAGAACUGAAGCAUAAUUGUUUAUAUAAUACCCUUGGCAAUCUAGUUACCGAUAUGUUUCUAAUGAAAUUAAGCAACGAGGCAAUAAAUCUGUCUUUUACUUUGAACCAUGAUAGACUGUUGUGCAUUUCAUUGACAUUAGUUCUGUAUGAACAACAAAGUAAACAACGCGCUGCCUUAUUCUGAGCAAUUUGUAACUUCUUAAUGUGUGACACGGCAGCACUAGACCAAACCUCUGACCAAUAGUACAGAUGAGAUGAAACAAGUGUUUUAAUGACAUAUCAACCUUACAUUUGAAGGUAAAACAUUCGAACAUCUCCUUAUAACAGAAAGACCCAUUUUACUGACCACCUUAUCAAUGUGCUUAGACCACGAUAACUCACUGUCUAGUAUUAUACCCAGAAGUUUGGUCUCUUGAACUUGUUCCACUGCCAUAUCCUUUACAUACAGCUUCAAUUUCAGCUUAUUCAUUAACAGAUGUUUUGACCCAAAUACAAUGCCUGUGGUUUUAGAAAAAUAUUGAUGUGAUCUGUUAACUCCUACCUCUGCACGGUGACAGCAGGGUAGCUGUUAAACUAAAUGACGUGUUUGGUGGCUGGUGGCUGGUUUAACAUUCAAAUUGGAAUUAAAAUGAUUUAAAGAAACUA